AUGAAAUCAACAGUCUGCUCCCUGACCAUCCUCGCCGGCUUGUUGGCCUCCACAAAGGCAACGCCUAUCCCUGUCGACACCAGUCUCAAGGAGUGCGGUGAUCAAUGGUACAGCCCACACAGCUAUACCUGCCGAGCCGGGGCCGAUAGUAACGCCCUCUGCCCGGUCGUUAACGGCGAAGCCAUGGAUGACUGCAAUGGCGCCUGCUACACACCUCUACGCUACAACUGCAAUGGAACAGUCCUGGCUGAGGAUCCAAGAAAGACUAGCGGAACUUUCACCCUCACUGCGAGCAAUCCAGACCAGGCCUUCGACGGCCAGCCCAUCCAAGCUGCUGGUAACCACUUCUGGGUCGGAUCACAUGCUGCCACCUACUGCCCAACAAGCGUCGGCAGUUUCUGCAAUUCAUUCCCCAAUGACACUACCCUCAUCGGCAACGGCUAUAUGGCCACUGCAGUUCCCGGCGGACAAGCCAUCUAUUGGCAGACGGACGGAGCAAUGACCUUCACUCAAGCACACUCGGCCUCCCAGUACAACCUGAGUUACUACGGCGGCGGGAUUGCUUACGAAGGCGGCGGCUACUUCGGACCCAACGGCGAGGACAUGGUCACUUGUCCAGUCGCGCCAGAAGGCAGUAACACAACAGCGUGGAAGCUCUUCGCACGCCUGUCUGGAGUUCAAUUCCCCAGCUCGUGCGUCGGACUUUACGUUGUCGUCCACGAUCAGAACAUGACAGCAGGUGCCUGGCAGUACACUUGA